AGUAACUCUGUAAGUGCAGGAUUCCAGUAUUAUUCACAAUUGGAAAAACGUAAAAAUCCAAUUAUAAAAUCCUUUGAAGGAUGUGAGUUGACGAGAUUAUUCACAUUGAAAAUAAAUAAUUUAUUCGAUGCUUUAAACAGAUCUCACCCUAAAGAAGGUAUCCGCAAAAACAGCAAAGAUUUGAAUGUAACUAUUUUUUUUCAUUUUUUAACGAUAGUAAUAAAAAUAAAUAUUUCAUUAAUAAAUAAUUCAUACAUUCCAAACUCUUCGAGAAGCUAUAACUUGGCUUGAUAUGUGGGAACGUGAAAAAGAAAGCGAUGAUGACUUUUUAACUGCAUCAACUGCAGAAGGUCUCCGAGUGACAUUGCAUUCUUCUUUGCAAUUAGCGAUUUAUUUAUUAGAAUAUUGCGAUUUUAAAUACGUCUUAACUAAUAAAAUGAACCAAGAUUGUCUAGAACAAUUCUUCGGUAUUAUACGUCUAGCCAAAUGUCAAAAUGAUCAUCCGACAUUUCCAACAUUUAUGCAACAUUAUCAUUUGCUUUCUGUGUACAAAAUAUUAAGACCGCCUAAAUAUGACAAUUGCACCGUGAGGAAAACAGAAAAAGCACCAACAAUAACAUUGGAUGAUUUUCAAGCAAUAUUUAACGACAGCACGAAAAGUUAUAGGCAAAAAUAUUUACAAAUAUGAUCAGUAACUUAUGUUAAAAGGCUAAAAAUGUUACGAAUAAAAAAAUAACGUUAUCCACAUAUAGAACUGAUAUAAAUAUAUCAUCGUUUACAGUUUAUUUUA